AUGCGUCCCUCAACCCUUGCAGCAGGGACAAUCGCGUCCCUAGCAACCCUCAUCCAAGCCUUCACCCACCCAGGUCUCCUCCACACAAACACCGACUUCGAACGCAUAAAAACCAAAGUCCACUCCAACACCGAACCCCAGCUAACAGGCUGGUACAAACUAACCAACAGCUCCUUCGCAAACCCCAGCUACACGCCCCGCCCCCAAGAAACCAUCUACCGGGGCAAAGACGGCACGCACGCCGAGAACUACCCAAACCUGUACAAAGACAUCGCAGCCGCCUACGCCCUAGCCAUCGAAUGGAAAGUCACCGACGACAAAACCUACGCCGACGCAGCCGUCUCCGUCCUCGACGCCUGGGCCACAACCCUAAAGAGCAUCUCGGGGAACUCGGACAAGUUCCUCGCCUCGGGCAUCUACGGGUAUGAGUUCGCCAAUGCGGCUGAGAUCAUGCGUGAUUACGAUGGCUGGGAGGAGAGCAAGUUUGCUGCCUUUAAGGAUAUGAUGGUCUCUGUGUUCUAUCCCAUGAAUCAUGAUUUCUUUGUCCGGCAUAAUGAUGCCAAGAUUGAUCAUUAUUGGGCUAAUUGGGAUCUGUGUAACCUCGCUUCUAUGCUCUCGAUUGGUGUGCUCGCGGAUAACGAGACGAUGUUUCAGGAGGCGGUGGAUUAUUUCAAGAAUGGGACUGGUAAUGGUGCUAUUGAGAAGAUGGUUUGGAAGUUGUAUGAUGUUGACGGUCAGGUUUUGGGUCAGGGGCAAGAGGCCGGGAGGGAUCAGGGUCAUGCUAUGCUGGAUUUCGGACUCUUGGGCGCUAUUGCUCAGGCGGCGUUUAAUCAGGGGGAGGAUUUGUUUGCUUAUGGUGAUAAUCGCAUUUUGGCGGGAGCUGAAUACGCAGCCAAGUAUAACCUCGGCAAAGAUGUUCCCUAUACGACGUACCAGAAUAGCGACGUGACGCAGACAGUCAUCAGUGAGAAUUCUCGUGGCGAUGUGCGUCCUAUCUGGGAGCUGCUUUAUAAUCACUAUGGAGUACUCAAGAAGCUGAAUGCGACUUGGACGAAGCAGUAUCGGGAUAUGGUGGUUGAGAAGGGCGAGGGUGCUGAGGGUGGUGGUGGUUAUUAUGGGAGUACCAGUGGUGGGUUUGAUCAGUUGGGGAAGGUAUUUAUUGUAGAUGGAGGGAGUCAUCUACCUUGA